AUGUGUGAUGUUUUUGUCCGCGCCAAUACCAUAUAAUAUUGUUGUUUAUUUUUUUGUGUAUUCAGUUGAGUUUGUGAUUUGAGAUGUGACUAAACUCGAUUCGGGAGAACGAAAGAACGAAGAGAAUAAAAAAAAAUCAACAAAACGCCACCACAACAACGACGACGACGAUAUAUACGACGACAAGAACACACGACACACAAAAUACCACGAAACGAAAUAACACGCAUAGCAAACGCAAAAGAAACAAGAAAUAAACUAUAUCUAUAUAGAUUUUGGUUUUUUUUUUUUAAAUAAAAAAUACGAGAAAAAAAGGAGAGAAACAAUCUCACAACACACCACAAGCAAGAGUGCAACCAGUGAAGGAGAGAAAGAAGAGUCAAAGCCAAUGAAAACGCAUUCAUAUAUUAUGAGAUCCUUUUGGAAUUUUUAUUGUGUGUUAUUACAUUCUUAUUAACCGAUAAUAAUUCAGUGUAACAACAGAAUAACAACCGAAUCAGUUCGUUUUUUGUUUUAUUUUCGAUUUUUUUUCUUUUCAAAUCGUCAACACCACAAAAUUAUUAUUAUUAUUUUAAAAACACACACAGCAAAAUAUGAUACAUUCGCACGCGCCGGCCAAGAACAAUUUCAACCAAAUAACAACAACAACAACAACAAAAUUCCAUCGAAUACGAAACAAUGCUUGCUGGCUGGCAGCAGUGAGUCGAGAUUGAAAAUAUCGAAACCGAACACACUGUGAAUGUGAAUAAUUAAAGGAAUUUCGAUUCGAGUGUAAAAGUCUCGAAUUUCGAUUCGAGUGUACCAAUUUGCUCGUUUAAUUUCUUUUUCGCAAAUGAUUUCCUUGCGUUAAAAUGUGUUUUUACUAUUUUUAAGCCAACAGAUCAUUAAUGUUUUUGUGCAGUUUAAAUGUUGAGUUUUAUAAUGCAAACGAUUUGAUGUCUUUGUAUGUGUGUAUGUGCGUGCGCGAUCACUUACCAUUGAGGAUUAGUUUGUGGUCAUUUGGCUGUGUAUAGAUUAGCAAAAAGAAAAAGAAAAAGAAGAAGAGAACCAACAAUUGCACAAAACCAUAGAUAACAAUGAAAUGAAAUGAAAUGCACUUCGGUUUUCGGGAAUGGAGUAUCAUUCAGACAGUGUUUAGUGUAUUAUCGUUUUUUUUCUUCUCAAUAAAUAGCAGUGAUAAAUCAAGUUUUUGUGUGUGUAAGUGCAACCGAUUGGAAAUUGAUAUAGUUGAUUUUCGAAUACACCGCAUUUUGAUCACCAUACCACCGUUGCCGCCGCCGCAGCCGCCGCCGAUGUGGACGGGCUGAAGUGUUGUUUGUGCCCAGAAAGACAGCGAACAGAGUGUCCGAAACCAUUCUUUGAUGUGGAUUGGUGUGAACGCAUCCACGUUCAUCGUGUCAUCGCCUAUAUUCGCCUCAGCUAAUGUGUUUAAUUGCCACCGAAACGACAACAACACCGACGACGACGGUGUCGUGCACACACUGGGAACGCCGUAAAAGGAAAACCACACCGAAAAUACAGAAUAAUUAGCUGCGUUACCAACCAGCACAGCAUCAACAAUAAUUCGGAAAAGAGAAUAGAAACUAAUCAAACGGCGAAUGAAAGAAAGAAAAAAAGAAAAAAGAAAAUAUAAUAAUGGAAUGAAUGAGUGCGAUCACACCCAAAUUAAACGAUUGCAUACAUUAAUUGUACGCGGUGUGUGAAUUAUGUUCACUGUGCACAACCCGAUUAUCUAGAAACGAAAUGAAACAUAUUCAUGUGAUAAACCGAAAAAGUGUUGCACAACGAAAAUAAAAGAAUAAAAUAAAAACCGAAUCACACCGCGCACGCAAUCUUCUUUCGGUGUGCAUGUGUUAGUGGCCAAGCGUAACAAAAAAAAGAAAGAAUUCAGUUUUAAGCAUCUCGAGAGAGAGAGGAGGAGGAGAGAAAAGAAGAGGAAGCAAAAAGAAGGAAAAAGAAAUCAAGACGAGAUAUUAUUUAUAUAAAUAUGGGAUUAACAUCAUCAAGAGAAACGGCCGCACAAUCACCCGCAUCACCUACGCACAAUGACACCACCGGCAAUGAUCUGGCAUCGGUGUUGGCCGGCACUGCAGUUACAAAUGUUACACCAACCACAACCAUCAAACGAACCACAUCACCGUCGAAAAGUUUGCACAAUACUUGGAAACAACAGCAAAACCAUCAUGUCCGGCAGGCGAGUGUACGGAGUCGAGCCGCUCUCCCAAUGCCCGAUCACAGUGAACUUGAUAAACGAUUUGCUAAAGUCUUGGCUUCAAUGGAUUUGCCGCCGGAUAAAGCAAAACUGCUGAAAAACUACGAUAACGAAAAGAAAUGGGACAUCAUAUGUGAUCAAGAAAUGGUUCAAGCAAAAGAUCCACCAUCGCACUAUUUAACCAAACUACGCACAUAUCUUGAUCCGACCGCGUCAAAGAGCCACCGGAAGCGGAAAAUCGUUGGUGAAUCGACGUCAACGCAAGUACUACGUGAUCUCGAAAUUUCGUUGCGAACCAAUCACAUCGAAUGGGUGAAAGAGUUUCUCGACGAAGAGAAUCAGGGUUUAGAUUCGCUGGUCGAUUAUUUAAGCUUUCGCUUGAUUAUGAUGCGCUAUGAGCAACGAAUCGAAGAAACGCAAAACGGUUCCGAUGAACAGCUGUCGCAGGCAAAGAAUGCGACCAACACAUCAACGGCCAGCGGCGGUGAUACAAAAUCGAAUGGAUUCCUUCGGCCAAGCCUCGAAGAAUUGGUUGACAGCCCGAAUUUACGGCGACGCUCUCGACACAUUGCCAAAUUGAAUAUGGGCGCAUCGACCGAUGACAUUCAUGUGUGCAUCAUGUGCUUGCGAGCAAUUAUGAACAAUAAAUAUGGUUUCAAUAUGGUGAUCCAGCAUCGCGAAGCGAUCAAUUGCAUUGCACUCAGUCUAAUUCAUAAAUCGUUGCGCACCAAGGCGCUGGUAUUGGAAUUACUGGCGGCCAUAUGCCUGGUUAAAGGUGGCCACGAGAUCAUAUUGUCGGCAUUUGACAAUUUCAAAAGUGUUUGCCACGAGUCGAAACGCUUUCAAACAUUAAUGGAAUACUUUAUUAACUAUGAAAUAUUUAACAUUGAUUUUAUGGUGGCUUGUAUGCAAUUCAUUAAUAUUGUCGUACAUUCGGUGGAGGAUAUGAACUAUCGCGUGCAUUUGCAAUACGAAUUUACGUCACUCGGUUUGGAUGAAUAUUUGGAAAAACUGCGAAUGACCGAAUCCGAAGAGUUGCACGUACAAAUCUCCGCAUAUUUGGACAAUGUGUUUGUGGUUGCCGCACUGAUGGAAGAUAGCGAAACAAAAACCGCCGCACUGGAACGUGUACAAGAGCUGGAAGAGGAUCUGAGCCGAGCAUUGGAUCGCAUCAAUGAAAAUGAACGGCAUUUUAUGUAUAAAUUGGCCGAAUUAAAUUCGGAAUUAGCACAAGUGCGUGGUGAACGCGAUGAACUAAGUCAAAUUAAGCAGAAAACCGAUGAGGAAGUGUCCACUUUGCGUCGUGUACUGAAACAAAACGAAAUGGAAUUGAAGAAUCGCCAAAAUAUGCUAGAAACUAAGAAUUUGGAAUUACAAUCGCUUUCAAAGUCGCUGCCCAAAGGCACAUCCAUCAAUGACAAACUCGCCGAAUUGGCCAACAAUAAUUUGACGGAUUCGGCUUCUAAAAUUGAAGAGUUAAAAGCACCUGAGCCUCCGAAGCCACCGCCAUGUCCACCUCCACCACCAAUGAAUAUACCAAUUCCACCGCCACCAAUGAACAUGAAACAUCCGACACCACCAGCCCCUCCAAUUCCAGGCUUUAUGCCUGCACCCGACGGAGCUAUGACAAUCAAACGAAAACAUGUCACGAAAUACAAACUGCCAACGCUAAACUGGGUGCCCUUGAAACCAAAUCAAGUUCGUGGAACAAUCUUUAAUGAACUGGAUGAUGAGAAACUUCACCGGCAAAUCGAUUUUGUCGAUUUCGAAGAGCGUUUCAAAAUUGGUAUGGGCGGCGGCAUGGCUAAUGGCCAAUCGGAUGUCGAUGGUUUGUUAGCCUUUCCAAGUAAACGUUUUAAGAAACCAGAAAAUGUAUCUGUUCUGGAGCACACGAGAUUAAGAAAUAUUGCAAUCUCUCGUCGAAAACUCGAUAUGCCGAUUGAAAAGGUCAUUAAUGCCAUCAAUAAUUUGGAUUUGAAACAAAUUUCGCUGGAAAAUGUGGAAAUUCUGCAGAAAAUGACACCAACCGAACCCGAAGUGAAAGCGUACAAAGAGUAUAUCAUCGAUCGUAAAGAUCCGAAUUUAUUGACCGAAGAAGAUAAAUUCAUGUUGCAAUUAACCAAAGUGGAGCGCAUCUCAUCGAAAUUGGCGAUUAUGAAUUACAUGGGCAAUUUCUUUGACUGUUUACAUCUCAUUAAUCCGCAAAUUGCGGCCAUAUUGAACGCCUCAAAUGCGGUUAAAUCAUCGAAGAAGUUCCGUUCGGUGUUGGAAGUUGUGCUGGCGUUCGGUAAUUAUUUGAAUAGCAACAAACGUGGUCCAGCCUACGGUUUUAAAUUACAAAGUUUGGACACAUUGUUGGACACAAAAUCGACUGAUAAACGCAUGUGCCUUUUGCAUUAUAUUGUCAUGACAAUUCGUCAGAAAUUCCCCGAAUUACUUGACUUCGACACUGAGCUAAUGUACAUCGAAAAAGCGGCUCAAGUUUCGCUCGAAAAUCUAAUCACCGAUGUCCAUGAACUGGAGAAAGGCAUGGACAUUGUGCGCAAAGAAUCCGACGUACGAAAUAAAGGGCCACAAAAUCUGGUGUUGAAAGAUUUCCUCACAAAUUCGGAAGACAAACUACGGAAAAUGAAGCAAGAAGCGAAGAAUGCGCAAGACGCAUUCCAAAAAUGUGUCGAGUUCUUUGGCGAAUCGGCCCGAACUACGGAUGCAAAUGCAUUCUUCUCACUUUUGGUGCGGUUUAAGCGGGGUGUUAAGACUGCCGAUCAAGAGAAUGAGCAAAGACGGCGAUUGGAUCAAGCGACAGCUUUAGCAGCCAGUAAAAAGCAGAACGAUGAAGUGGUUUUGCGUAACAAUAAAAUUAAUCAGAAGAAACAGCAGGAGGCAGUGAUCAACGAACUCAAGAGUAAAACGAAUGCAGUGCGUGAAAAGAAGUUGCUUCAGCAGGAUGAGGUUUACAACGGUGCUUUGGAAGAUAUAUUAUUAGGUUUAAAGAAUGAACCGUAUCGACGAGCGGACGCGGUUCGUCGCAGUCAACGGCGACGUAUUGACAAUCGUUUGUCGCGAACCAUUGAAGAAUUAGAUGUGUAAUUUUAUUUUUAAAUUUUCUUCUUGGCUCGUCCUGUGAAUAAUAUUUUAUUUCUUUUAUUAAAUUUUUUUUUUAAUUGCAAAAUGAGCAUGAUGAAACCAAUGGCCUUACAAAUUAAAUUCAGCAAUUAAAUUAGUUUCUACAUUGCGAUAGAGAAAAGUAAAAAGAGAGAAGCAAAGAGCAGGUAUUUUUUUAAAAGAAAAGAAUCUUAUUUGUCGAGUGCUGUUUUUGAAACCACUCAUCCACACAUUUUAAUCGUAGUCAAUGGAACUGCUCGAUGAACAUUUUAAUUUUUAAAUUUUAAAUCAUAAACCAUAGAUGUAUUGAUCUUCUGCCUGUUUGAAUGAUAUUAUUUCAUCUGUUGAUGGCCAAUUCAGCCAACAACAGAUUUUCAUUUGUACAAUAAAAACAAGAAUAUUCUCAUUUUAGUUCUUUGUUAAUAUGCUUAUUCGAAUGUUGUAGGUAACGAACGAAAAACAAAGAGAAAAUAUGUUGAUAAUUAAUUUUUUCAACGCGUGAAAUGGUCGUCAGUUGAAUUAUUAUUAUUUUUUUAAAUUAAUUUUUGUUGUGGCCAAAUGUUCAAUGGAAUUUUUCGUCAUGUAAUUCAGAAUUUUAAUGGGUUUGACAUUCCAAAUUAUUAUUUUUUUUUAAAUUUAUAUUCGAAUUUGGCCAAACAUUUUGGGCCACGGAAUGAAUAUAUUCCAUUGAAGAAAGAGAAAAAAGAAAACCAAACUAAAUGAUAUUUUUUUAGAUGUUUAUUUGACAUUAAAAUCGUUCUCUCUAUUUCGCUUCUCUCUAUAUGUGCGUGAAGUGUUGUUAAAAUUGCCGUAACAGGGAUUAUAUUUAAAUUGCAAAGACAUAUCCAUUAAAAGAGCAACCAUUUUAACACAAAACAUUUACUAGGGUCAUAAUUCACUGUUUAGACAUGUGAAAAUUGAUUUGUUCCGCUGUUUCAACUCCAACGUUUACGAUUUGUAUUUGUUCUAUUAUUUUAAUUCGAAAUGGAAUUAAUUUUUGAUUAUUUUGAGCUUCGAUGUAAUGAAUUAAGUUUCCGCUUACUUUACGGAUCGAUUAUGCCCUUAUUAUUUUUGGUGGUUUGCUUAAAAACACAAAGAAAUACACUACAAAUUUCGUAUUCCAGAAUGUUUUCAAUAAAGUGUCUUAAAUAUUAGAUUUGAAA